AUUAGUUCUAAGAACCAGCUGAUAUGGAUCCCAUUCAUAGGCGGAUUUUUAGGGGGUCAUACUCCAAUGCGUCGCUCUAAUCGAAGUGACAAUGAUUACCUAAUUAAUAUUUGCAAAUAAACACAGCGGAUUACACUUAUUGCUAAUAAUGCGCACACAUAGAUAAGCCCAUGGACGCGUUCAUUGACUGCUUGCAUUAUAACGGCAUUUUCGAUGGUUAUUUAUUGUCAGUAAUAAAAGCCGUAAGAUCAAGGCCACACAGCAGGCAAAUAAAAACAAAACCAGAAAACAGCCUUAUGUACCUACAUUUCUAUACUAUAUGCAUAUAUGAAAUGCCAACACAGAUCGUGAGUUGGGGAUUCAAUAACCAACUGGAUUGUCGGGUAUGCGAAAAGUAUUCUUUUACGCAUUAAAUUCGGGUUUUUUUGUCUGUUUUUUUUGUUGUGCUCGAAACUCGAACUCCAAACUGGCCACCAAAACGCUCUUUAUAAUUAUGUUGUUUGCAAACAGCUCGUUUUUUAGGCAGUUCGUUAUGGUUCAAUGCACUAUCAAUUCUGAUAGGUGCCACAAAAAACUGAUGCAAAACUGAAUGAAUAGUUGUAAUUUCAACCUAUAGUUAUAUUUUUCUUUUCCUCUGUCUACUUUAUUUUUAACCUUUUUUUUUUCUUUGUGCGCCUGCCUGCCCUCCAGUUGGUAUUUCGCUUUAUAAACAAUUUACUACGGCAGCAGCAAAAAAAAGCAAAAGUAAAUUCCAAUCAGGGCGUGCAUUGGCAUAGUUAGCUAAACUUAUAGCUACACAGUACAAAUAAUUGGACUUAGGAUAGUGUUAAGCCAUUUAUAUAAACAUAUAAAUAAUAAGCUUAACUAGAAAUAAAAAUGUCUAAGAAACAAUUGAUUUUUAGAAACUUAAAGCUGGCUUUAUAAUACAUUUUUAAACUGAUUACUAUUAGAAACUCCAAGCAACGAAGCUGUAAUUUCUUCGAGUGCAGUUAGCCAAACUUAUAGACCAACAAUCGAUCGAUCGAUCGGCCAGCGUGUGGCCCGUAUUCCGUGUCUAUUAGAGAGCAAUUUUCAAGCGAGAAGGCCUUGGCUCAUAUGGUGCAAUAGUUGGAGUGGCCAGCAGAACACUUUCACAAAGCCGCUUUCCACCUGAUUGCGCAAUCGAAUCCGAAUGCCCGACGCUAAGCGCGUCAAACGGCAAAACUCUUUCAAUGUCAUUGCAAUUGCAAUUGCAAGUUCGCUGCCGCCGCACAAGCCCACACACAACAGUAUGUUGGUCGUCAGGCUGAAGGCCACGUCAGCAAUAAAGUAAGCCAGGUUGACCAACAUGUGUACUGUAUGCACACAUCAGUGUGGCCAAGAAGCCGGGAUGGCGACGGGGGGCAGCGGGCGGAGCGCCUGCGCCCAGACAAAAAGCAUAGCCAACAACAGCCGGUUGCACAACAACAAGCCGAAAAGUGGGUGUGCGCCGACGAGCCCACCACCGCUCACUGGCCCAAACGGAGCCACCCGAUCCCCUCCUGACCAAAAAUGCCACCUUCUCCACCGGCGUUCGGGUGCAGCAAUGUCUGGCCAAAAGAGCGGAAAAUCAAGUCUAGCUUGGUGAGACCACCAACACUGAAUACCCUAUAAAGGUAAAACUCGGAAAUUUACCCAAUAAUGUUGUAACAUUUUCAAAAGUCAGAUGAUGCAAGCAAAUAUUUAGUAAUGCAAUGGUUUCCAAUUUGAAAAUAUGCCGUCUGUAUUUCUGUUGUCUUUCAGUUGAUACGUAUUUGAAAUCGAUCUAGUAAGUCCUGAAAAAUAAAUCAUCAAAGCUAUUUUCGAAUUUGAUAUAUUCUAUAUAUUUAUAUGCGUAAAAGCACAACUUAGCCAACAAAAUGUCUCGAUACUCCAUGAAAGGCAUCAAUUUCAAUGUUAAACGCGAUAUACAGAAGGUUGAUGCUCGCACCUAUGGAUUCCUGAAGACCAAGGGAUCGGAUACGCCGAUGCCCACGGCCGCGAAGAGGAUUAAUCAAUCAACGUUGAUCGAAAGAUUGAAAUCCAUAACAUUAUCUGAAGUGGUGGGCGACGACGAUCAAUCGUCUACGGAUUCGGUGGAACCGGGUAGCAUGUCCUUCGAAAUGAAACGGAAGCUCUUUGACGCAGCCGAGUUCACCAUCACCCGAGGUCAGAAACUGAGUGACCUACCGCAUGCCGCCGAUGAGGGGAUUAACUUUAGUCCGUACGAUACCGGCAACAAGACACUCGAAGAAAUCGAGGAAUACUGCCGUGCCCUUAACAUCAAGUUUGCCAAAUAAAAGGAUAAACUCUUCCAGAGAUUUUACACGAGAUAUUCACGAUGUAAUUCGGUGGAUAGAAGAUGAAACAUCAGAGAUCACCUCGAUAGAAAUCAGUUCUAGAUUGAAUACAAUCCAAUGCAAGUCAAAGAAACUAUUUUAUAAAGCUGAGUUCACUUUAGAGCAAAGCCAAAAAUGUACUGAAUAGAUUUUAUAUUUUGCCUACCUUAAAUAAAUCUAUCUUAAAUAAAUAUGGCAAUUUUGUUUAAGUAUAUAAUGAAAUUAGGUACGAGUGCAAGCUUCAAGCAAACAUCGAUAUACCCUUUGCAUUGGAAAUUCCAAACAAAACUCGUUUCACAUUUUUAAAGUUUUUCUCGAGUCGUUGUGCCAGUUUUUUUUUUUUGUUUUGCGUAAUAAAUAAACAAAGCAAUGUGACGAUCGACUUGAAUAAGUUAUUCAGCGCAUUCUCCUGCAAUUCCGCGUACGCAUCGUACUUUCUUUAUUGCACUUCGACUUUCUUUUGGGCCAUGUUUGCUCAAAACUUGACCCAAUUCUCGGUUUUAUGUCCGUCGAUUUGAUAAUGAGAAGAUCAUCAACAAAUUUUCAUUGAGCCUUUGGUUGUUGAUAAGGAAUAACUGCACUUGAAACUCGAGAUUUCUUAUCAACACCGCCUUACGAUCGGCUAUAACACUUUGCUUUUUAUGCUACCCUACAACACUGCCAUAAACAUUAGUUAAUUUUUUUUUUGUUUAUUAGAAAUAACACAUAGACAUAACCACUUUCCAUAGAAAGAUUUAUUAAACACUUCCUGAACUCCCAGGGUCACAAAACGUUUUAACUGGCAAUUCAGUUCCGCUUCUCGACUGCAGAAACUUAAGUUCUCGACUUUCACUUGCUCAUUAAUGGGUAUAUUUCAAUGGGGGGCACUUCUAAAGCAUUAUCAGUGGGUGCAACCUCUCGAGUUGGACUUCAAAAUGGGCACGAGGACCGGACCAGAUUUGCAGCACCACUUAAUUGAUGCAAAUCGAAAUCGAAAUAGAAAUCGUGUCAGAGUCAGAAUCAGAAUUUUUCGCUCAGAUAACGAUAUCAACCGACGUUUGCCAAGAUGCGUCCUUUGGAAUGGAAAAUUUUUCGACUCGAACGCAAACAUGUUUCGCAAAUGCAGCUUGGAAUUUUCCAUUGACAUUCACAAGAAUUGUAAAGUUAACCCUGAAUCUGGUUGCAGAUCCAAGUCGAUACAUAUUCAUUUUUUUUUCAAUAGCUGCAGUUGUUUUUUCAACGCACCAUAGAGUAUGAGAUAUAUGAAGCAUUAAGUUUUCAAUUUAUGAAACUACUUCAAUAGUGAACUACUUCCUUUGUUCACUGAAUAUCGGGAAGUCUCAUUAGCAUACGAUAUCUUAAAGAUAGAUUUCAUAACUAGAUUGUUUAGAGAUAUAUGUAUGAUUAACCGAACCUAUACCUAUAAAUAUAUUAUGCUUGAUAUUUAAUCCGAACAAUAAAAAAAACAGAUAACAAUUCAAGCGCAACUUAGUUUUAUGUCAGUUCGAUCUGCUUUGGUUGGUGUUUUAUUUUAAGGAGAUUGUGCCUCCAAAACGUAUCCGGACAGGAAAUACCUGUAUGAUGCGUACUUGAGCCGAGAACACGUUUAUCGUAUAACAUUUAAAGAGAAACAUUAAACAAAUGCGUCGGUCGUCGGUUCAUUGGCAUGCAAUCGUCAAAAAAUGUGUCUGGCACGUUACCAAAAUGCUAAUCGCUUCACCUUUCGU